AUGGAUCCUCAGGUCGAUGAAGCCCCCCAACACCUGAAUAUCAAGGUCACGGACAACAACAAUGAAGUUUUCUUCAAAAUCAAGAGAACUACGCAGCUGAAAAAGUUGAUGGACGCCUUUUGUGAGCGGCAGGGCCGCCAGCUCACAACAGUUCGCUUCCUCUUUGAUGGCACCAGGGUUAGACCAGAGGAUUCCCCAGACACCCUCGACAUGCAAGAUGGUGACACUCUAGAAGUGCACCAAGAGCAGAUUGGUGGCUGA